AUGAGCAUUAUAGACGAAGAACGUCUCCGCCUGGUUGCGGUUUGGGCGCCCGUUGCUUUCAUCGCAUACGUCGUCUUGAACGCAAUUUACAAUGUCACACUACACCCUCUGGCCAAAUAUCCUGGGCCAUUACUCUGGCGCAUCUCUCCGAUCCCGUCCAUCAUACACCUGCUACGCGGCCGCAUUGCCUUUGAGUACAAGCGUCUCCAUGACAAAUAUGGACCAGUUGUUCGCGUUAUGCCAAAUGAACUCUCUUUCAAUACGGCAAAAUCUUGGGACGAUAUCUAUGGCCACCGUGUCGGUCUUCCCAGUAUGGAAAAGGACGCUAUCCAUGUCGGCGCUGUAGAGGCCAUUCCUGGGGCCACGAACUUGACCAUGGCACCAGCUUCUCAACAUGCUCGGCAGAGGAGAGCAUUGUCCCAUGCCUUCUCCAAGCAAGCACUGAUGGAGCAAGAACCGAUCCUCAAGGGUUAUGUAAACAUGUUUGUCGAGCGAUUGAGGGAAAUGGCUGAGCGAGGCGAGCCAGCGAAUAUGGUGUCAUGGUUCAAUUUUUGCACAUUUGAUAUCAUUGGUGAUUUGAGUUUUGGCGAACCGUUUGGAUGUCUUCGAGAAGGUGAAGGGUCCGAGUCCGCAAACUGGGUUGUCCUCAUUUACGAGGCAAUCAAGUCGGGUGCCAUUGAGCAGGCUACCCGCCGCUUUGCCAAACCCGGGUCCACGAUGCAGAAGUUCCUUAUGUGGUGUAUUCCUAGUGUGAUCCGCGAGCGCCGCAUCCGUCACUUGCGCAACUCUACGGAAAAAACAGUCAAGAGGCUCAGCACGAAGAGCGACCACCGCGAUUUCAUCUGGUACAUUCUGAAGCAGCGGGAAAAGAAGAACGAGGUCAGCGACAGCGAAGUCAUCAUGAACGCGGCUCUCUUCAUCGUUGCAGGCAGCGAGACAACAGCCACGGAGCUGUGCGGAUUAACAAAUUACCUGCUGCGCAACCCGGAGAUAUUUCAAAAGCUCAAGGAUGAGAUCAGAGGCGCAUGCAAGACCGAAGCUGAUCUCAACAUGGACGUUUUGGGUAAGUUGCCGUACAUGAACGCCUGUAUAGAAGAAGGCCUCCGUAUCUUUCCCCCCGUCCCAGUCGGUCUCUUGCGCAAUGUGCCCAAAGGCGGCGCUCUCAUCGACGGACACUUUGUUCCAGAAUACACAUCCGUCUGCGUUUCUUCAUGGAGCGCCUCGCAUUCGGCAGCCAACUUUAUUGAGCCCGACACCUUCAUUCCUGAGCGGUUCCUGGACACGCCAGACUCCAAAGCCCGAUUCGGUAGUGACAUAAAGAAGGCUGCACAGCCCUUUUCGUUGGGGCCCAGAGGAUGCAUUGGCAGGAAUCUGACGUAUGUAGAGCUGAGACUGAUUCUCGGGGCCUUUUUGUGGAAUUUCGAUGUCGAGUUUGCAGAGAAUGGGGGGAGGUUGUGGGAUCCAAAGGGCGAGUUUGAGGGGCUCAAGGCGUUUAAUACGUGGGAGAAGAGUCCGUUAAUGGUCAAGUUGACGGAUAUUAGAAAGACGAGCGCUUGA